UCACCGGCUGGGUCUUCACUACGUCAAGCAGGGAGUUCUGAAGGAAUUACAGAAUAUCAAAGGAUGAAUAAAUGUGUGUUCACACAUUUUUUUUGUACAAAAACAGCUCUCUUAUAUAAAGCUUCACAGUUCCAUAUCGGUGUUUGGGGGGGAAAUUGCCCUUUGAAUUUUUUUAAUUCACCAGCAAGAUCAAAUCUGCUGUGCUCAAAAAACUGUUGGAAGCCUGAUGAGUUGAUGAAUACUCCCUUUACAUCACUUCACAUACCCCUCAGAACUUUCUGCAGGUCAUCCAGCAUGGGUUCUCAACAUGAACUACCUUUAGACACACCUAUACUGUACCUGAAGAGUGAAGAAGCAUUUGCUGGCCUCACAGCCCGUGAGCGGCGCUAUGCACAUCAUUUGUCCAGAGCAUCAUGGUGGGGUGGUCUUAUAGUGUUGUGCCAGACCUCUCCUGAGAGCCCUACAAUAUUCAAUUUAUUGACUCGACUUUUUCGGUCACAGCCUAUUGAUACCCUAAAAGAAGUGGCUGUAGGAAGAACAGGUUUCACAGAUGAUGAGUUUAAAUCCCUCAUCAUCUAUUAUUCUGGUCUUGUGUACAAUAUGGGGAACUAUUUAGGUUUUGGUGACAGAAAGUUUAUACCUAGUGUAAGUCGGGAGAAAUUGGAAGCUCUGAUAAAGGCCUCUAAGGCUUAUCUUGAGGCACCAGAUGUGAUUGAUGGUUAUGUAAACCAAGCUUUGGGUGCGAUGUACAAUUUGGAUGAGAAUAAAAGGUUUCUUGGAAUGCCCACUAGUGGUGUCACAAUGUAUUUCUCACCAAAUUGUACACAAGAGGAUGCAGAUCUAGCUAAGGAGUACAUGGCAUCAAAGAAUAUUGAAGCCUGGAAUAACCGCUUGCUAAAGUAUGAAGAAAAUGGUCAAACUAUAUAUGACAUACGUUUAGCGUCUAUUGAGGAGGGACAUGCUGAUGGAAUCACUGUUGAUAUUGAUGAAUUUCAGGGUCACAAGUUCCGUGUGAGUAGAGGGGACUACUCUUUCUUUCUGAAGAAAAUGACUGAAGAACUCCAGUUGGCCAAAGAUUAUACUGCUAAUGAUGGUGAAAUUCAGAUGCUUGACAAAUACAUUGAGAGUUUUACCAAGGGAUCAGUGCAGGCUCACAAAGAAGGAUCUACUUUUUGGGUGAAAAACAAAUCUCCAGCAGUAGAAACCUACAUGGGCUUUAUCGAGGUGUACAGGGACCCAGUAAACCAACGGGCAGAAUUUGAAUCAUUUGUUGCAGUUGUAAACAGAGAACAGUCUCGUAAGUUUGAUACUCUCGUAGCACGAGCUGAGAAGGAGUUCUUACCUCUCCUACCAUGGGGUAAAGAUUUUGAAGAAGAUGUAUUUAUGAGACCUGAUUUUUCUUCUUUAGAUAUUUUAACUUUUGCAUCUUCUGGACUCCCUAUAGGCAUUAAUAUCCCAAAUUACAAAGAUGUCAAAGAAGAACAAGGCUUUAAAAAUGUGAGCUUGACAAAUGUCAUGGCUGCCCGUACUGGUAUAAAAGGGGGUCCUUUCCUGUCUGAGGACGAUCACACUUUGCGUGAAAAGCAUGGGGCUUUGGGCCUUGAAAUCCAAGUUGGCCUACAUGAACUGUUGGGACAUGGUUGUGGCAAAUUCCUUCGUCGCAAAGAUGAUGGAUCUCUUAACUUUGAUCCUACAAAAAUAAAAAAUCCAUUCACAGGGGGUGAAGCAUUGUUUUAUGAAAAGGGGGAAAAUUAUAAUUCAUGUUUCACAAACCUUGCUAGUGCCUAUGAAGAAUGUAGAGCAGAGACUGUAGCAUUGUAUUUGGGACUUGUUAAUGAUAUUUUGGAUGUAUUUGGAGUUGCAGCGGAGGACCGUGAGGAUCUGAAGUAUGUUUCAUGGUUAGACAUGAUGUAUGCAGGUCUUAGAGGCUUAGAAAUGUAUCAACCAAGCCAAGGCAAGUGGGGUCAGGCUCAUUCCCAGGCACGAUAUGUAAUUUUAAGAGUAGCGCUGGAAGCUGGUGAAGGGUUAGUUAAUAUCACCGAGUCAGCUGGCAGUGAUGGCCUUCCUGAUUUACUUCUUACUCUUGACAAGACCAAAAUUCAUACGGUUGGCCACCAGGCUAUGGGUGAGUUUUUGCGAAAGCUUCAGAUUUAUCGUUCAAUGGGCGAUUCAGAAUCAGGCCGAUCCAUGUUUGAAAAAUAUUCAGAAGUGCCAUCAGAUGGACCAUUCCCAUUUAGCAAGUGGCAUGAGAUAGUAGUGAGGAAACGAAGACCUCGCAUGGUUUUAGCCAUGCCUAACACCCGUGUGGUAGGAGAGGAUGUUGAAUUAGUGUCAUAUCCCGAGACAGUUGACUGUGUAGUAAAGUCCUGGGUUGAUCGAUUCUCCUCGGAGGAGUGUGAGGCUUUGGAGUCUGCUUUGUCAACCUUUGUUAGAGGCUGUACUAAAUAAUUUGGCCCGUACAACUUGCUAUACAGUAUCAUUUCUUUUCCUAUUACUAAUAUAAAAUAAUUGUAGCUGUUCAUUAACUGGUUAUUUAGAAUGUUCAUGCAAUUCGGUGUUGUGUAGUAAUUGGUAUUUAACACGAAAUUUUGUAUUUUUGUAUACCUACUGCAGUUUUACUUUGGAGGGUGUUGAAAUUCCAUGUUCCUAUAUAAUUUUAGAUUUUUUCACAUGUACUGUAAUUCUUUUUUUCUCAUCUAGAUGUACCAACAAUAUUUAGAUGGGACAUAAUAAUGAUUAAGGUAACUUGUGUUUUUGAUGACCAUUUAAUAAAUUUGUAUGAAAACAAA